GACGCUCCGGGGGCGCUGGGCCAGUCCCGCCAGAGCGCCAGCCGCCGGCCCGUAACGGUCGCCCGGGCGAGGGGCGGGAGGAUCCGUGAGGGGGUUUAAAUUGUAAUUUUGAAAACCGAGAGCGAGAGCUUGAGUCAUCGGCGACCCAGGUGCCCGGCUUCCUGCCGCCCAGGGUUCGGCCCAAGUCCCUCCCUCCUCACGCCCCCUCCCCUCCGCCCUCCCCUCUGGACCAGCGGUGCGGUGCUUAAGAGGCGGCGGCGGCGGAUCCGGCGGCCGCGGCAGCCCCGGCGGCCGGAGCAGGAGGGAGGGCGGCACAAAGCCUGCCGCGCGCUGCGAGAUAACAAGAGGCAUCAGCAGACUUGAAGCAUGAGUUCAGAUGCCAGCCAAGGCGUGAUCACCAGCCCUCCCCCCAGCAUGCCUCACAAAGAGAGGUAUUUUGACCGCAUAAAUGAAAAUGACCCAGAAUACAUAAGGGAGAGGAACAUGUCUCCUGAUCUGCGACAAGACUUCAAUAUGAUGGAGCAGAGGAAACGAGUCACACAGAUCUUACAAAGUCCUGCCUUUCGGGAAGACCUGGAAUGCCUUAUUCAAGAACAGAUGAAGAAAGGUCACAACCCAACUGGAUUACUAGCACUACAGCAGAUUGCAGAUUACAUCAUGGCCAAUUCUUUCUCAGGCUUUGCUUCAUCUCCUCUCACUCUUGGCAUGGUCACACCUAUCAAUGACCUUCCGGGGGCAGACACGUCCACCUUUGUGAAGGGAGAAAAACUUACACGCUGUAAACUCGCCAGCCUGUACAGACUUGUGGACUUGUUUGGAUGGGCUCACCUGGCAAAUGCAUACAUCUCAGUAAGAAUAAGUAAGGAGCAAGAUCACAUUAUAAUAAUUCCUAGAGGCCUAUCUUUUUCUGAAGCCACAGCCUCCAAUUUGGUGAAGGUCAAUAUAAUAGGAGAAGUGGUUGAUCAAGGGAGUACUCAUCUGAAAAUUGACCAUACAGGAUUCAGUCCACAUGCUGCAAUCUAUUCAACACGUCCUGACGUGAAGUGUGUGAUCCACCUCCACACACUUGCCACUGCAGCUGUGUCUUCCAUGAAGUGCGGGAUCCUUCCAAUCUCUCAAGAGUCCCUGAUCCUGGGAGAUGUCGCCUAUUAUGACUACCAAGGGUUACUUGAUGAACAGGAAGAGAGAAUUCAACUGCAGAAAGUUCUGGGACCCAGUUGUAAGGUGCUGGUACUCAGAAAUCAUGGUGUGGUAGCACUUGGAGAAACCAUUGAGGAGACUUUUCAUUAUAUUUUUAAUGCACAGCUGGCCUGUGAGAUUCAGGUGCAGGCAUUAGCAGGGGCCGGUGGAGUAGACAAUCUGCUUAUACUGGAUCUUCAGAAGUAUAAGGCUUACACGCACACCAUCGCAGCAUCCGGAGGGGGAGGCGUGAAUAUGGGUUCCCAUCACAAAUGGAAGGUUGGCGAGAUUGAGUUUGAAGGGCUCAUGAGGACUCUGGACAACUUGGGGUAUAGAACAGGCUAUGCUUACAGGCACCCUCUCAUUCGGGAGAAGCCUCGGCACAAAAGUGAUGUGGAAAUCCCAGCAACCGUGACUGCUUUUUCCUUUGAAGAUGAUGUGGUGCCACUCUCUCCUCUCAAAUACAUGGCCCAGAGACAGCAGCGUGAAAAAACAAGAUGGCUGAACUCCCCAAAUACUUACAUGAAAGUAAAUGUACCUGAGGAGUCUCGGAAUGGGGAAACCAGCCCCAGGACCAAAAUCACAUGGAUGAAAGCAGAGGACUCCUCUAAAGUUAGUAGUGGGACACCUAUCAAAAUUGAAGAUCCAAAUCAAUUUGUUCCCUUGAACACAAACCCAAAUGAGGUAUUAGAAAAGAGAAAUAAGAUUCGAGAACAAAACCGAUAUGAUUUGAAAACAGCAGGACCACAAUCUCAGUUGCUUGCAGGAAUUGUUGUGGAUAAGCCUCCUUCUACCAUGCAAUUUGAAGAUGAUGAUCAAGCCCCACCAGCUCCUCCCAAUCCCUUCAGUCAUCUCACAGAAGGAGAACUCGAAGAGUAUAAGAGGAUGAUCGAACGUAAACAGCAAGGCCUGGAAGAUGCUGAGCAGGAAGUAUUCUCAGAUGACGCUUCAUCUGUUUCACAAAUUCAGUCUCAAACUCAGUCACCGCAAAAUAUCCCUGAAAAAUUAGAAGACAACCAUGAGCUAUUUUCCAAGAGCUUCCUCUCCAUGGAUGCGCCGGGCAUGGUAGUGAAUGGCAAGGAUGACAUGCAUGACGUUGAACAUGACCUUGCUAAGCGAGUGAGUAGGUUAACGACAAGCACGACCAUAGAAAACAUCGAGAUUACCAUUAAAUCUCCAGAGAAAAUUGAAGAAGUCCUGUCACCUGAAGGCUCACCUUCAAAAUCACCAUCCAAGAAAAAGAAGAAAUUCCGCACUCCUUCUUUUCUGAAAAAGAACAAAAAAAAGGAGAAAGUUGAAGCCUAAUUAAAUCUUUUUAUAAUUAUCACUCUUAAAAUGUGACGUUGCACAUUUAAAUACCACAUUUAAUUUGAUCAUUAGUAUGCAGUGGUAGGUCAGAUUGGGGGUAUGUAGCAAACUGGACUUUUAAGAACUGGAAAGAGGUUUUACUAAAAGAAAAACAUUAUGAAAAGACUUUCAACUUCAUCUCUCAUUUUAUAUGUCCAAAUGGCUUUGAAUUUUUAAACAAUUGAUAGUUUUAAUUAGCUCUGCCCUCAUGAAGUAUACUUAUACUUCACCACAGAUAUAUGUCUGAUUACUUCAGGCCUUCUCCGUAAUAUCUGUCAGAAAGAAAUUACCAGUGAAAAGUGAGAGAAUUUUUAUUUCUCAAUACCUGCUUCACUUGGUAAUCAGAUGAUAAUUUUUUACCAUGAUUAUUGACUGUACCUUUUGGGUUCCCAUUGUCUCAAUGGGCAUUAACAGAAUGCUUUAGAAGCUUUUAAGAAUAUUUCAUUAGUAUACACUGGCACAUAACUUUUUUAAAAAUUUUAAGAAAAAAUUCAUUUGGAAUUUUGUUUCAUAGUAUAAAAUUUCCUCACCUGAAGUAACUUUGUUUGCCAAAAAAAAGAGGUCAUUUUAGUAAGGUAUAAUUUUUGAAAACUUCUUUUUUAUUAGUUUAGAAAGCCCCUUAUUUUUCCACAAAGGGGAUUUUGUACACAUAACAUGGGUUAUUUAGUUUAACUCUGGCAAAAACAAUUUUUGUAUGUUGAGAUGUUUAUAUACCAUUCAGUAUAAAAAUGUCAUAAGCAUAUUAGCCAAUCACAUAAUAGUAGAACAUAUUUGAAGCUGCUUGGUACUAAGUAUACUUAAAUAUAUUUCAAAAAUCCAGGGACUGGGUAUCAAAAGGGGAUUGGAGCAUUUAAAUAUAGAACUAGAUUCAUAUUUGAAUCUUAUAAUGUAUUUUUCUCUUAGUAUUGCUAUGAAGAAACUCUCAAAAGGUAAUCAAAUAAAAAAGAAUGAGAAAGUAAAAAAUGAAGGAAGCAAAAGAGGUGUUAUGAAAAGAAUUCUAGUUUGUUAAUGACUUGAUCACAAUAGGAUUUGAAGUGUAAUUAGAAACAUCCCAAAUUUCUAAAUUUCCACUUCUGUCAAAAUCAUUGUAUUUCUUGAUUGAUAUUUCAUUUGUUAAAGGGGCAAAUCUCAUUAAUAUCUGUCUCUUUAAAAGGUGGCACUGGAAGAAAUCAGUUGUUCUAAUCCCCCCUGUCCCCCUCCCAAGUGAGAAUACUACCACUUCUAGAUCUUCACCAGUCUUUCCCUGUCUUUCAGUAACUUUCUUUCUAAUGUAAAUACAAAUUGAAACCUAGGCUUAAUAUAGUUUACCCCCACCCCCCACCCCCAUCCAAGUGAUGUCACAAAUCAGUGUAAAAUUAAUGAUCCAAAAUGGUCAGUGGGUAAAAAUAAUCCAAAGUGUUUCUAGAGGGUGAGAUGGCAUGUAAAAAAUUACAUUGAUUACAGUGUGUUCUGGAGCUGGUUCUGUUUACCUGUAUGUGUAUGAUGAUGCAAAGUUGAAAUAGAGCCUGGAAAUUUCAUUCUAGAUCUCACUAACUACUGGAAUCAGUGUUUUGAUCUUUUAGUGGAAACUUUCAGUUGCUUAAUUCUGUAUUCGAGGAUUUUUGUGUGUGUGUUCUACAUCAUUUAUGUUGUAUUACAACGUAUGUGGAAACAGUAACCUGUGAACUAUGCCUUUCCAUAAUUUUUUAAAAAUAUAUAUAUAUAUCUUAAAUGAAUGCAAUGUGCAUAAAUAUUUUUUAAACGCAACAGUGAACUAUUUGCACCUUUUGCUAAUGCCUCUCUUUACUUGCUUUGGCAUAAAGAAUGAGCCAAUGAACCUCUGUGUCCUGUGGAAAAUGUAUAAAUGUUAUCUGAUAUUGCUCUUAGAUGUAAUGCAAAUUAAUGUUAAAUCACAAAUAAACAGUAUUUUAAAUAGA